AUGAAUAAUUAUUAUUAAUUUAUCAAUCAGAUAUCCAUCCCAAAAUAACAAUUGCAAGUCAAAACCAUCCCAGAAGUCAUUAAUUUUAAUGACAAUAGCAACACUUACAUGAAUAAAAUAAAAUGCUAAACUCAAUUAACUAAUGAAAAUAAAAUUGAAUAAAGCAUUAAGUUAUUCAAAGAUUAAUCAACCUAAUGUGAUUUAACAACUUUAGAUCGAGCUACCUAAUAUGAGUAAUUAUCAGAACAAGAGGAAUAAAUCAUGUAACUUGUACAAUCAAAAAUCACUUAUACAAAUGGUCUACUCUCAUAAAUGGAAUCCAUUGAUAUGAAUGAUUUUCAACCAAGAUAAGCAGUCUCAAUUUAAUAAUCUAUAGUAUACCCCUCAACAUUGAUGAAUUUCAUAAAAGAAAAUAAUAAUACAAUUUAUGAAUAAUUGUUGGCAAGUCAAAAUUAGGCUUUUUUAAACGCAAUCUCAGAAUUGACUAACAAUAAAUAAAUCAAUGAUAUAAUUAAUUAGAUGUAGUAAUGUUUAGAUAUGCUAAUUUUAAUAAACAAAGGUUUAAUUGUCCAAAAUUUUCGGAAAGAUUAUAGCAUUGUUGAUUAAUUAUCAUUUAAUGAAAACUGUUUUGAACAAUAAUCUCCAGGUUGGCUUUUAACACCCACAAUCAAAAUUGCAGACAGUCAGAACUUCUCUACUGAUUCGCUUAUCAUUAACAAAUGA